GUGCUUUUCAAGCUCUUUAUCUAGUACACCUAGACCACAUACAAGUUGUUGAACAAUAUCAAAACAAAUCACUUCUCUAAUCUACAUAAACCUCUCUUUACUUCUAUCUCUAUCCUUUUCAUUUUUUUCAUCAUCCUUGAAUUCACAGAAAUCAGAAACAAAAAAUCCUGAAUCUGCAAAUCCAAAUCCUAGAAUUUCACAAUCAAAGCGAAUUUUAGAAGCCUCAACCCAGAACUCAAAAUCAUGAAAUCCUUUCUCAUGAAAAUCUUCCUCUUCUUCGGAAUCGCCAGCCUCGCAGCAGCGAUCACCGCCCAAGAGCAACACGAACGAACACACGACAUCUUCACCUUCUACCACCACGACGCCGGUGCCGAAUUGAAGCCCCAUCACUUCAUUCUCGACCUCAACUGUCACGUCUUGCCCGCCUCACACCCAACCAUGCUCAAAUUUUCUUGUGCUCUCGAAAGCACCAGGCGAGUACCUGGGUCCGGCAACGUCCCUGUCGAUUUCCAAAUCCAUUUCCAAUCCAAAGGAGUCACAACCUUUCGCAAUGGACGUAUGAUUCGACCGACUAUUCUUCAACCUUUCACAGUCUUACAUUCGUAUGCUCCUCGUGGGGCAGAGCGAGUUGUAAUGGAGGUAGAAUGUUUAAAGAUUCAUCGGGGAUGGAAACACGGACAAGCUGUAGCGGAUAUUUCAUGCGAUGUCUUGAAGGUGGAAGCAGCGGAUAAACGAGGUGAGUCCAAGUAAUGUUGUCCCUUUCCCCCCAGUCCAUUUUUUUUUUUUUUUUUUGCGAUUGAGUGGAGCUGAGUGAGAUAUAUUAUGCUUCGAUGCUUUCCUUUGUUUCGUCAUUAUCAAUACUAAAAAUCCCAAAAAAUUCACCAAAAAAUUAAACCA